AUGUCAUCGACUGUUAUAUCUACUGCCCAAGUGGCUGGGCAGGGAGCUGCCAGCCAGUCUCUCACCCCGGCUACUUCAACUUGGGAACUGCCUUCGGUAGAACGAGUCUUCUCAGAUCUACCCGAGUUUCCUUCUUUACCACCACGAGGCACGGAGGCAAUUGACUCCCAAGAGCAGCAGACCAUGUUCCGUGCUCUGCAAGAUGCCAUUGAAAAGGCCGAGUGGACCGAUGACUCUGGAAAUAGCUUCAACCUCAAGGAACUCCAUGCCUCUCUGGAGCAGGCGGAUGCUGAUGCACGGCAUGGUCUGCGGGACAUCGGCGCUUUGCACGGGGUGCGCGACAUCCUAUAUAAACUCUGGUCUGCCAACUCGGAGUACUUGGCACAAGCAGCCGAGAUUCUAGCCAACGGCAGCCGAGAUCCUUCCUGGCGCGCUCCUUUUGGCCAGUCCGGCAUCCUCAAAUUUUUCCUGAAUAUUGUAUCGUCAAAGGACAUUGUCGACACUACCUUGCUGCUUCAUUCCCUACGGCUAGUUGGUAACUCUUGUGCCGACACAGAUGAGAAUCGAGAGAUUGUUGUCAAGGACAACUAUACGCUCGCGAUAAUCCGGCAUUUCCUUGACUCAGAGCUAGUCUUUGUGGCGAUUCCAGUGUUAUACAACAUCUGCAUGGAUUUUGAGCCCGCGCAUGCCCAAAUGGCUGCCAACAGGACCGCGUACAUUUUAUUGAAGCUACUCAGAGAUGGAGCCAUCGAAAACAAUGACGCCCUACUGGGCUUUUCGUACGACCUGGUCGAACUGGCCUCAGAGCAAGGUAGCAUGUUCAUUUUGAAUUCUUUCAUAUUUGAAGCUGACUUCGAACUGGAUGUAGGGCAAGGCGUGGAGAAUUCACCCGAUGGGACAAUUCUGCUGCUGAUGGAACUGGCUGAUAGCGACACCAUCGCUUUUGCGCAUUUCUCAUCGUUAGUCACUUGUCUCGCCACUUAUCUGGACAAGGAACGCUUCCAGAAUGCUUGUGUAUCGAAUGGCAUGGUGGAGGGAGUGCUGUCAGUCUUGCGCCGGUCCUACUCGGUCGAGAUCGACCAAUCUUCCAGUGAAGACAUCAAGGCUCUCACCCAGCUCCGAUUGAAAAUCAACCAGGCUUUGUCGGAGGUCUCCGCCUCGCUCUUGUUCUCAGGGCGCUACCCCCUUGACUCUGCUCUUGCGCAGACCUUGAAGUCAUGGGUGGUUGCAGACGAGGAUCAGCUUCAGAUUUGCGCAUGUGUCAUGCUGGGUAACCUAGCACGAUCCGAUGAGGUCUGCCAGGUGAUGGUCCGCGAUCUGAAAAUUCACGAGGAACUGAUCAGUGUCCUCAAAAGUGAUGCUCGUGGCGCAGUCCUGCACUCCGCUCUGGGAUUUUUGAAAAACCUAGCCAUCGCCGGCGAUAACCGACUCAGUUUGGGCGAGGCUGGCAUCAUCCCCGCGGUCUCGCGCCUGUGGGCCUAUGAGUCUGUUCCGCAAGUCCAAUUCUCGGCCGCAAGUAUUGCGCGCCAAGUAAUCAUCAACUCGACAGACAACAUUUCUCGCCUCUUCACGCCGCUUUCGCAAGACCCAGAUUCCCCGGCUCACAAACGAACCUACCUCUCGCUACUGCUGUCUCUGUUCGAAAAGACAGACUCCACUCCAAUCAAGACGGAGAUUGGGCGAUCGGUUGCAUCUAUUUGUCGGGCUCUCAGCCCCAAAGCUCGUGAUGGGAACGAAGAAGCCAUCUCUCUUCUUGACCGACUUUACAGUCUGCAUGAGGGUGUAGCGCGUCCAAUUGGCACGAUGAUCACUCAGUCCCAAUGGCCUGUUGUUCGAAGUGAAGGCUGGUUUGCGCUGGCUCUAAUGGCAGCGAAUCACUUGGGAUGUGCUGCGGUGGUGGACUGCUUGCACAAUGCAGAGGUGUCUGAGUUGCUAAAGAUGGCGCUGAGUGCAGAUUCCUCCAGCGAGGGCGAAAAGGAUGCGAAUAAGUCGCAAAAAACAAAAGAUCGUGACAAUGCUUUUGUCCUUGUGCAAGAGCUGUUGAAGAACGAGGCCGGGGUGCUUCCCUCGGGAUAUAGAGAUAUGCUAGAGGAUUGGACGAAGGAGCAUGCUCGCGUCAUUUGA